AUGCAAUACCUCAUUCGGUGGCAGGGGUACAAGCCGGAAGAUGAUACUUGGGAACCAGAAGAAAACAUUCGAGAUAGACGAAUCAUCGACGAUUGGGAAAAAAAGAACUCCGCGGAUGAAGCCACCAAAUCGACCGGCAGAGGCAAGAGGGGAAAAGCAUCGUCUUCUUUCGCAGCAGCAACGAAAAAGGGCUUCGCAAGAGGAUUGGUUCCAGAAAGAAUUCUUGGCGCGUCAAGAAUCGUUGAUGAAAAUGGCAAGCGAACCGGGGAGGAGAAGCUCUAUUACAUCAUCAAAUGGAUCAACAGUGAGCAAGCAGAUAUCGUAACAGCCGAAGAAGCGAAGCAGAAGUGCCCCUAUUUGGUUUUCAAGUUUUACGAAGAGCGAAUUCUGCCUGAACAAGAAACCGCUGAAGAAAGAAUUCAGUCCGCCAUGGAACCAAAAAUAAACUGCCUUCGGAUGAAUAAACAUGAUAUAAUAAAAAAUGAACUUUGCUAUCCAAAGUCAGGAAGUCACUUGAUGAUGUCGAUUUUGGAUGCAAUUGGGAUCAGACGACUGGAAACGCUGGGACUGAAAGAUACAGUCGUCAACUCCUUGGACCAGCAACUCGCCGCGAUUCGUCAAUACGAAGGCCUUGUCCACACAAAUCAUUGCCACCUCUACCCAAGCAACUUUCCGCUCGGCCACAAAGGCAAAAUCGUCUUCGUCGAGCGCGCAACUCCCGCUGUUGUCGUCUCAGCAUACCAUUAUCUGAAGAAACUUCCAUCGAUGCGCCCGUACCUCAAAAAGUACGGAAUCAACGAGGACCUACAGAAAUUCGCCAGAUUCAUGUUCGAGGGAAAACAUUACUGGGGAUCGUCAGAAGAAUACAACAAACAGUGGAGGGAGUUUGCUGAAGAUCAUCCGGAGCUUCAGAUUGAAUUUUUCAAAUUUGGCGAAGUAAUGGCAGAUAAACCGAAAGAAAUCUCGAGAUUGUUGAAAUUUCUCGAAAUUGAAAACGCCGAUCUUGCAGAAAUUGUUGCAAAUGCGAGAAAAAAGUUUUACGAAAAGGAGCUGGAAACAGGGGAAGUAAUCGAGCACAAUGGGGCGUUUUAUACCUCCGCGAUGGCUGGUCCGGAAACUUUGGAAAAAUUGCGAAAUGCGGACUUUCCGGAAAAUGCCGUAACCGUCCUCGGCUUUCCGAAGUCUGGUAGUCAUUUGAUGAUGUCGAUUUUGGACGCGAUCGGAAUCACCCGAUUGGAAACGCUCGUGGCAAAAGACAAGCACACCUUCCAUCCGAUGGAAUUCCGCCCAAACGUCGCUGCUCUUGACGACCAACUCGCCGCCAUUCGCGAACACAAGGGUCUGGUCCACACGACUCACUGCCAUGUCAACCCUGGCAACUUCCCGCUCGGCCACAAGGGCAAAAUCGUCUUCAUCGAGCGCGACACCCCCGCUGUAGUCGUUUCUGCUUUUCAUUUCUUCAAGAAACUCCCCUUCAUGGAACCGUACAUGAAAAAGCACGGAAUCUAUGACGACCUCCAGACGUUUGCCAGAUUCAUGUUCGAAGGAAAACAAGUCUUUGGAACGCCAGAAGAAUACAAUCAGCAAUGGAAAGCAUUCGCAAAAGAACAUCCUGAGUUGAAAAUUGAAUUUUUCAAAUUUAAAGAAGUGGUUGCUGACAAACCGAAAGAAAUUUCCCGAUUGUUGAAAUUUCUCGAAAUCGAAAAUGCCGACUUGGCGAAAAUCGUCGAAAUGAGCGACAUUAAAAAGCACGAGAACAUCGAGAAAAAGAAGCCGAAAAGCUAG